AUGCCGGCAUCCUACAUUAACCUUGAGCAAGAUGACGAGGUUUGCUUCCUCACCGAGAGGCCAUCCGGGUCUGGUGGCCGCCAGCGGCGGGACUCGUCCUGCACCAUCACUGACGAGUCACCACCAAUUUUCGGAACGACGACUGAGGAAGUGAUUGACCUCACAGUCGACUUGAGAACCUCAGGCCACCAUCUUCUCAAUGACGACGAAUUUGCACUUGAAAAAGUGCGGGUGGCCAACUACACCAUCCAGCCUGGGACGUUUCUCCAAGUCCACGAGUUCGACUCUGGAGACUACCUUGUCCAAUUCGUCCUCGUCAAGAUUGUGGUUCAGUGCACAUCCUCCGGUGAAAUCAAGAUCCGCGGCAUCCCUUUCACCAGACUUCGUUCAGCUUGGGGCAAGCUCCCUAGAAAGGCUCACGAGGUUUGCAUGAUGCUUUACUACAACCAAGAUGAUCCAAGUGCAUCUGAAGAGUUUGUCGAUAUCAACCCAUCCUCUGUCAUCAAACCUUAUCCCCUUCUCACCACCAACACCCUUUAUCCCCGCUUCAACCGGACCACCUUCCAUCCUGAGCACUCAGAGAAGCUGGAGGUCUAUUUCACCGGACAAGGGAGCCGAAAGAGACAGACCGAGGAAGCCUUUGUUCGCGUUCACGAGUCCGAAGUUCUCGAACCACGGUAUCGAAUCUCUGAGGAAGUCCUCAGCAACCAAUGGCGAGGCACCAGAGUCAAAGGAGGAUCGUGGGCGCCAAGUUUCAAUUCCCAACAGGGCUGUAUCAACCUUGAUGACGAUAACGGGAUCAAGAAAAAGAAGAUCCGAGCCAAGGGCCAGAAGUACACUGUUUUCGACUCUUGUUCAGGUGCGGGCGGAGUCUCGCGAGGAGCUCUGAUGGCGGGAUUCAAAAUCCAAUACGCAAUCGACAAAGCUCCAGAAGUUUGGGACACAUACGAAACAAACUUCCCCGACACUCGUCUCUUCAAGAUGUCUCUUGAUGAGUUUCUCUCGUUCGACAAUCAACACAUGCGUGUCGAUGUCCUCCACUUCUCCCCUCCAUGCCAGUUCUUCUCGCCUGCCCACACCCACGCGUCGGCCCAAGACGAUGACAACAUUUUUGCUCUCUACAGCUGCAACCAGUUGCUCAAGAAACUCAGACCGCGUAUCAUCACCGUCGAGCAAACCUUUGGCCUCACUCAUCACCGUCACGCCGAAUACUUCUACUCCUUUCUCGCCGACUUCACGCAGCAUGGCUACUCGGUGCGAUGGAGAGUUAUCAAACUCUGCACUUGGGGCGCAGCGCAGGACCGAAAGCGUCUGAUUCUCAUUGCCGCCGCUCCAGGAGAGCAACUUCCUCCAUUCCCUCAGCCUACUCACGGUCCAGAAGCCGGCUUGUUGCCCUACAACAGCAUUGGCAAGGCCAUUCGAGGCAUUCGACCAGGCGAUGAUCUUCAUGAUCUUGACAACGUGAGAUAUUACGAACCCCGAAGAGCUCCAUACGACCCGAAUCGCCUUGCUGGAACCAUCACCACCCGUGGAGGCGACUUCUACUAUCCGGACGGCACACGCAACCUGACUCUGCGAGAGUAUGCGAGUCUCCAAGGUUUCCCUAAAAGCCAUCAAUUCCUUGGAACCAUGACGUCCAUCAAGAGACAGAUUGGAAACGCUUUCCCUCCCAACACGGUCCGCGUCCUCUACAAGCACAUCGAACAGUGGCUUCUGAAGGAAGAUGGCAUGCUACCGUACGACGACGGCCAAGAUGCCAUCCUCAUCGACGAUGACGACACCGAUUCUACGACCAACCUGACCGACGCUUCUGAAGAUGAAGUUCACCAUUCGCCAGAGAUGAUGGAAGGGAGUAUGAUGGCUGUGGACAGAAACGAAGGUGCUAGAACCGAUUGGCGGGCUGGGAGUGCGGUCAUUGACCUGACCUAA